AUGAAACUGUCACUGUUGAGUUUAUUUGUUCUUCUUCUGGCCUUUGUCAGCGGAGGACUUCUCACCAGCAAAGAUAUCCAAAGUGGCAGCAGGGAUUUGACUAAGAUCUCCAGCAGGGCAGGUAUUUUUCCAAACAAACAUCGGACACUGUUUGCAAGAAGAGGGCAGUAUGAACAGCAGAAGCUUCAGAUGAUGAGGCCCAAAGGGAUGCCCAGUCUUCCAAAGAACUCUUCGACCAAGGCACCAAAACCUGCUUCUGCAACAUGUUCCCAGCUGGGACAAAGCUGUUUGCCAAAUCAAGGCUGUUGUGAGCCGUGUUCCUCGUGCCACUGCCACUUCUUCAAAGCCAUCUGCUUCUGUAGAAGGAUUAAUGUGAAAUGCACCAAAAAUACAUAAA